AUGGCUAUUCAUCGUUAUAUCUCCCUUGCCCAAAGCAUCAGGCAAGACAGACACGAUAGAAUAUCCGAUUCAGUUCGUAGGGAAUCCGAGAGGCCUGUAACUCAAUCGAAAAGGGAUGCUAGCAGGGAUAAGGCACGAAGGCAUGGGGAAUCCCAAUUGGUCACGAGAAGGCGUCAAGUCUGCUAUUUCGUCUCAUUCGGAAUCUCAAGACUUCAUGUCAACAACAAAGUCAACUACAUCCUUUACUCCCCGAUCUGGCUUAGCGAGAAAACGGAAGAAUUAGUACAGUCUGAGCCGUCAGCCAAUAGAGUAGCUUUCUUCGUUGCUGCCAGAUCUUCCAAUGCUAAAUCAACUGCUACAGCAAUUCUUAAGGGCGGGAUGGUCGGUGUAAACAGUGAGGAAGCUAUCUGUAUGGGGAAGCUAGCUCAAGACCCUCCGGAUUCUAGGGAAAUUUUGGCAUUAAGGGUGGUGCUAGGGCUCAAGACCAUUUGGAAGGGGGAGUUGGAUCAUAAAGAAUAG